UCCCGCUCAGACGAUUAGUUUUAAUCUGUCCUCGCCUUAAACAAGAUCUUUGUGCAAUGGGUCCCAAAAUAAGGAUCAUUAGUGUUUUGUCUAUUGUGUUAAUUGUAUUUUACAACGGUUUUACGGAAUCCUCACCACCAGCAUGUGAAACGGAAAACUAUGAACAUGGAGCUUGCAUCGCCUUAGCUAAAUGCGAAACAUUUUCGACCGCUCUAGAGGCCGGAAGCUUGAGCCCCGGUCAGCGGGAAUUGCUCAAACGGGAACAGGAGAAGUGCGGACAAGAUUCGAAUUUCGUGUGUUGCAAGCGGGAAGCACCUCGAAAAAUCCCUCGUUCGUUUGAAGACACCAAACCGCUGACCAGGGAGAGAGGAGAAUUGCUACCGGAUCACAGCAUCUGUGGAAUGGAUGCCGGCAACCGUAUUAUUCGUGGCAAUGUGACCUAUUUGGACCAGUUUCCUUGGGUGGCAUACCUGCUGUACUCCGAUGAAGGACCGAUUUGGACAUGUGGAGGGUCUCUGAUCAACAACCGCUACGUUAUAACGGCUGCCCACUGCAUCAAAUCCAACAUAGCCGGCGUUCGCCUGGGAGAGUGGGACUUGGACACCGAUCCCGAUUGCGACGAGGAAACCAAGGAAUGUGCCGACCCGGCUAUUGAUUUGGACAUUGAGAAAAUCUCGAUCCAUAAGAACUACACCCGGCGAGAUUCCAAAGGCGGCAAGAUUGAUAUGGCGUUGAUUCGUUUGAAUCGGGAGGUUACUUUUGGAAAAUUCGUGGCUCCAAUCUGUCUCCCAGUUAGCGACGAACAAGCUUUGAUAGCGAAAGAUCAAAAACUUUAUGUAACGGGUUGGGGAAUCACCGAAAAUGGCACAGGCAGUAGCAAAAAGAUGUUUGUCGAUGUGAACCAUAUCGAGCUGGACGAGUGCAUUGCCAGAAAUAACGCUCCGCUUAUCAAACUCGGUAAAACUGAGAUCUGUGCCUUGGGACAGGACGAAAAGGAUACUUGCCAGGGAGAUUCGGGAGGACCUCUGAUGGAUAUUCAGGAAGUUUCCGGAAAGGUUUUCAGGUAUUUUCAGAAAGGAGUUGUUAGAACUGGACUGGCAUGUGGAACUUCGAAACCUGGGAUCUACACAAACGUUCAUGAGCAAAUUAAUUGGAUCGUUUCGAAUAUGGAACCGUAAAA